AUACUUUCGUGUUUCGUAGUCUCGUGUCGCGGCGAGCGCAUGUCACUGAACUCGCAUGUGUUACGUCUUGUGUUUAGUCGUUUCUCGUUUAGUGUAGACAUUGUACUCGGACACUCGUSACUCGUCRCUGUCUGCCCUCUGUCUCGAAUUAAGGUSUAUCUUAAUUCGUGCUGUAUACUGUUCGAUUCCCGGUCCAGAUCGCCACUGAUCGUUGUCAUCAUCUAAAUGGCCGAUCGUCUUACUCAACUCCAAGACAUUGUUAAUCAACAAGCAGAUAACUUCUGCAAUAGUAUCGGAAUUUUACAACAGUGUGCUUUACCAUCCAAGUUUUCAAACUUUGACCGAAACGGAUCACAAACUCCACAGCAACAAGAAGAUUAUACAAGUUUAUUUUCUUCACUUAUUACACGUUGUGCCAAAGAUAUUGACGCAUUAAUUGAAUCAUUACCAAACGACGAUACUUCUACAGAUUUACAAGUUGCAAGUUUGAGGAGAUUAGAGCAGGAUAAUCAACUAGCUGCAGAACGUUUGGAAGAAGUAGUUCGAAAAGGAGAACUWCUUCUUGAACAGAUACAAGCAGCUCUCUCUGAUAUUGCUCAACAACAAUUAGACAUUCAGCAGAGUAGUGAUAACAAUACGUGUUAAUAAAAAUUAAAAACAGAUUAUAAAA